CCUGCCUGUGCUCGGUAUAUUAGGCAGCCAGUGCUCUUGGCUGGGAGCCCAGACGAGGCUUUUGUAAUCAAAACAUGAUCUUGUAUGCUGUGCAACCAGUGCUGAGAAAGGCCGUCUGAUGGCUCUCCUCUUGUAGCUCUGCUCUGGAAUCCGCCGGGCGCCGCCGCCGAUGUCCAACAUGCACCGAGCUGAAGCUGCUGUGGAUGAUGCCAUGUUAAGGAAGAAAGAGCAGAAAGAUGUUGAGCUUGAUAAGAAAAUCCUGGCUUUGCGGAAGAAGAACGAAGCGCUCAUCCGGAGAUACCAGGAAAUAGAAGAGGAUAAAAAGCGAGCUGAGCAGGAAGGAAUGGCUGUUACCUCCAGGAGACCCAAGCAGGAUGGACUCACCAUCACCAUCACCAAAGCUCACAAUGACAAAAGGGUGGUGAGUGAGAAAUGGAGGAACCCCUCUCCUACGAGCCCUGGGUUUGGCAUUGGCAGCGAGGAGGAGGAGGAGGAGGAGGAAGCAGAUCAUAUGUUCACAUUCAGGAUGGGGAAGAGGAUGCAGCUGGCUGUUACCAUGGACAACAAAGCCAAGGGCAAGCGGAUCGUCAGCGAGAAACGCGCCGAGCGCUGCCCUGGCCCGGGCAGGGGCCCAGACCCCAGCGAAGCAGAGACAGACCAUCUGGUGGCUUUCCGCAGGGGCAGGAGGAUGCAGAUUGCCAUCACCAUGGAGAACAAGGAAAAGGCAGAGGAGAGGAGACCAGCAGAGAAGAGGAGAUCAGACAGCGACAGAGGCCCAGACAGCGAGCACGGCCGGAAGGAUGGUGGGAAGUCGGUGCAGAAGGGCCCCGGGGAGCUGAGCUUCCCCAUGACAGGCCGGGAGCGCUCGGAGUACAUCCGCUGGAAGAGGGAGCGGGACCAGAUCGACCUGGAGCGAGUGGCGCGGCACAAGAACGCCAAGGGCGAGUGGCGACGGGCCUGGGACGUGGAGAAGUCAGAGCACAUGUUUGAAGAGGACUUUGUUAAGGAUGGGGAGCCAGCCUUGGAUAAUCCCAGCAAUAAGAAAGGGGGAAGAAACGCAAGGAAAUUCCAGCACAGGUCCUUUCCUCCCGAGGGGAGAGGUGGAGGACAGCAUGGAGUGAAUGUGAGCGACCCUGGGCCGAAGGCAGUCCCAGCUGUGAGCAGCAGAGCCAAAGGGAGGGACAGGCUGACGGGCAGAGCCAGGAGAUGGGAUGCAAAAGAAGGCGAGGACACGUCUCUUCUGAAGGAUGACUUUGACACCCAAAGGAGCCUGGGUAUGGAGCAGCAGAAGAGCAGAGGUGAGGAGGGGGUGGAAGAGAACUGCACAGCUGAGCUGGAGGAGAAGGGGAAACAGCAAAGCCUCCAAGAUCACGGAGCCUCCUCGUCACAAAGGCUACAAAAUGGAAAGGCCCAGCCUGCCCACAAUGGCCAGAAGGAGGAGGGGAGAGGAGGGAAGGGCUUCAGCCUGGGGGUGUGCGUGGCCAGCACAGGUGACUCAGAGCCAGGGCCCAGGCCAAGUAAGGACAGCGUGGGGGAAGGUGCCAAUGGGAAGCCUGGCACUGCUGACAUCUCCCAGGAGGAGGAGAGCACUAACAGCAGCACUGCUUCACAGAGCAGCCCCCCAGGCUCUGUGCAAGCUGCCAGGCAUGGCACUGAGGAGCCCCCACUGCUGCCCGUGGGAGCCAAGCUGAGUGGAGCUGGGGUAGAGGAAAACACAGCUUCAGAACAGGAGUCCACUGAGGAGAACUCUUCAAGCUGCCACAGAGGAAGGCUGGACACUGCAGCAGGAGACAGACUGGAUGCAGGGCAAGGACAGCUGGUGAGGAAAAGCUGGGAGGAAGUGACCCCAAACACUGCCCUUCAGGGCCAGACACUUGCACUGAAAGGAGGUGAAGAUGCCGAAGGCACUGACCACAGAGGAGAGCCUUUGCCCCCAAGGAAAGCCAACUCUGACGAGACUGUUGCACCUGAGGAGGAUGCAGCAGAAUCCCAGUCCAGGGAAGGGAACCAGCCUGAGGAUUGCAAGGACAAGGACAGUGGGGACGCUCUCAACUAGCAAAAGGUUGCAGCGGCUUGCCUGAGACAGAAGGAUAACGUGCUGAAGGUGGUGGAUGAGAAGAGGAGCCCAAGCUUGCCCUGACUCUGACCUAUGAAAUCAGCCUUCAGCACCUGCCCUGUGCCCUCCAGCGCCGGUUCCCCACACGUGGGUCCCCCCUCAGCACCCCCACUCCUGCUCAGUUUUGGCUGCAGCCUUUGCUGUCCGUUUGCCCCAGGAGAGGGGAGGCUGCACACCCUCCCAGCCACCACCCAAAGCACCAUCACCUACCUGUUGAGUUUGUUUUGCCUCUGUUGCAGCUGUGUGGCAAGCCAAUGACAUCUCUACUGGAUGCACUUUAUCUUACUUAAUAACUACUUCUGUUUCAAGUUCAGAUUUGGGUUUCUGGGCACAGCAGCCGUUCGGUCCCUGAGGCUGGGGCUGCAGCAGCUCCCCCUCGCUGCCAGGCAGGGAGCAGGACACUGACACAGCACUGAGACAGCACGAGGUGUUCAGUUUAGUGCAGUAGGCAGGUGAAAAAGCGUUCAGGGCAGCUCUUGCACUCGAGGUUUGCAUGUGGUUGAAGUGUUGGCAGAGGUGUAGGGUAGUUGUGUGGGCUGCAGGGCACAGAGGGGCUGGAUGGAGCUUUCUGCAGUGAGGUGUGGGUGCACACAUCAACCUCAGCAUCCCCUCCUGGAACAGCUGCCUUCCUCCUCCUGGUAGAUGUGCUAGGGACAAGCAGCAGAGGCUGAGACUGUGCUCUCUCCCAGGAAGGUGGCUGCUAGAUGCAGCAGGGACGUGUGCAGCUCAGCACUGUGCCUGCUCUGUAGCACCAGGAAGGCUGCAGGGGCUGGAGGCAGCUCCUUCUGCCAAGCAGGGUGAGGAGGACAGCACAAAUGCAAGAAUCUUCCUUCUCCAGCAGCCUGCACAGAGGAGUGGGCAGCGGGACCCAGGCCACAUUGGAGCUGAAGGCUUAAGGCUUCCUAUCAAAUGCUUUCACCUUCCUGGUUGUGCCUUUCGUAGCCUUGUGCUUGAACAAGUGGGCAGCAGCUCCCCUGGAAGCUGCAUGAGACACUGACCUGGCCUUAACAGAUACCUUUCAGAUCAAGGGUCUGGAUGAGCAUUUACAAGCAGAGAUGUGCAAGAAUCCCAGCUGCUUGGCUCUGCAGGCAGCUCAGAGACUCCCAGCAAGGCAGGACCUCCCUGAAGUGCAGCUCCCAGCUAAGGAGAGGGCAGAAGGCAGGCACAAGGAAUAACAGCAUCUCUCACUUUGGGACAGCAGAGGGGAGGGACAGCCCCCUCCUUGGGCAGCACUGCUCUAAAACCUGAUGCAGGACUGCAGGUACCUGCAGGCACAGGGGUGCAGGUGGGCUGGGUUUCACUGCAGGAUGCAGUCCCUGACCAGAGUGGCAGGUGCCCUGUGCCAAGGCUGCACACAUGGACACAAACACUGUAUGCUGCUUUAAUAAACUGAUGUUUGCACAGAUGGACAUUGUGGUUUGCUGGCUGAGGCCCACAGCACCUCUCAUGAAGGACGAGCCUGGGAAGUGCCUCUACACGCCCAAGCCAGGACAGCUUCCUUGCUUCAGACCAGGUGUUGUCAGGAGACAGAGUGUGCAGCUUUCAUGUGUUAUCAGUAGAAACAUCUUCCCUCCACCACAGCCCAGACUGGGACUAUUUGGACUUAUCCAACAGAUGAAAGAACAAGAGAUCUGCUAAAAGCCAGGCUGUAGCACUGCUCUGGGUCCUGGAGACCCUCCCUCCCUGUUGAAGGCUGAUUUUCCUGAUCUGACUCAAACACCUGCUUGGGAUUGUUUAAUUUAUUACCAUUUCUAGCAUAUCAGGCCACUGACCUGGAUCCAGCCAGACCAAGCCCUUACCAGCAGAGGCAGGAGCUGCUUUGCCUCACACUCCAUGCAAAGCACAGCCUCAGAGCAGGGGCACGUUGCAGCUCGGCAGCUGGAGACAGAAACCUGACGUUGUCCUGGGCCAGCAGCGGGCUGAGACAAAACCCCCUCUGCAGUCAUCACUCCAUCUUCUCACCCCCACACUGCCUUCUGAAAGGAACACCUCCCCCACCCCCUCCUGCUGCAGAUGCAAGGAGGCUGGCAGGUCGGUGCCUGGGGAGGACUGUCUGUGUGAGGCUGCAGGAUGGGGCUGUGCAGGGCCUGUUCCCAGGGCCAGUCUCUCCUGCUCAUUAACACUCUGCUCGGGGCCUGGGUUGGCCUUUCAGAAAUCUCUGGCUAGCUGUUUCUUCCUUACAGUGAGAGAAAAGACUGAAAGUUGAGAAACCUGGUGUAGAGGGGUUAUUUACGUGAAAUAAAAGCUGUA